UCCAAGUAAGGGUAAUAAAACAAGUUUCAUUGAAAAGGUUAACAUACUGAUAAGAGCUGUUAAAUUAAUUCCAACAAAACUUUCGAGUUGAAGCAGACAAAAUUUUCUUAUAUAAAUAACAUACUGUGCUGAGAUAAGAAACCACAAAAGUGAAUUUGCUAAUUAUCAGUGAAUGAAGUGGCGUGCUUGAGUCCCAGAAAAUAAAUAUAUCUAGCCUAAUAAAAGAACAAAUAGAGACACAAACCAUGAAGAGAGGUACAAUACAUCCAAUAGUACUUUGCGGUUUCAUAACACUCACUACAGUCUUGGGCAAAUUGAAUAGAACCACAGACCAAGUAGCAUUUGAUAAUAACGAAUCAAAUAAAUUUCAUUACAUUUUUGGUGAAACUAAGAAAUCAGAAAAAUACGCAGAUUUAAAACCUAAUCCAGAAGAGUUAGGAAACUACUUCGAAGGCGAUAUUCGCAUUCCAACAGCUAUGUCAAAAAAUGGCUUAUUAAAUCAUAAUUUUCGAUGGAAAAAUGGAAUUGUUCCAAUUGAAGUGAGAGGAAAUUUUGACCCCGAGGAGCUUACCAUGAUAAAUACAGCCUUCGAGACGUAUCAUAAUCUUACUUGCAUCCAAUUUAUUCAGCAUUCUACUGAAAAAGACUUUGUUACUAUAACAAAAAAUCCAACUGGCUGUUGGUCCAGCCUUGGAAAAAUUGGAGGCAAACAAAUUUUGAAUCUUCAGAGCCCAAAGUGUUUGGUCAAAGUUGGAACUGCUAUUCACGAACUAAUGCACGUCUUAGGGUUCAAUCAUGAGCAUACACGAGAGGAUCGAGAUGAGUAUGUAGAAAUUAAUUGGAAAAAUAUCCCAACAGAUUCGUAUGGAAAUUUUGGAAAGUCGUCACCCAAUUCAACAAAUAAUUUCGAAACAAAAUAUGACUAUGAAAGUGUCCUCCAUUACUCGCCGUAUGCCUUUGCUAUGGACUUAUUUAAACCAACUCUAGUCCCUCUAAAAAAAACUUUGUCAGCAACGAAAAUGGGCCAGCGUGAUGGACUAUCAAAAUUAGAUAUUAACAAAAUUUGGAAGAUGUAUAAAUGCAAAACAACGACUUUAAAUUUCACAAAGACUAAUAAAACCAAUUGAUUAAAAAUGAAAU